UUCUUCCCUCUGCUGACAUUUGGUGCGAGAGACGUUAUAUGGUACACGCUUUUCCAUAGACCAGGAGGUUGCAUCCAACAUGUUCCGCUACUUUGUAGCUCUCUUGCUCCCCCUGGUGGUGAUCUCACACCCCGUCGGUCGAAGCCUGCUGCCCUUGGACUGUGAGGACGUCUACCAGAAUGGGUCAGUGCACAACGGUGUUUACACCAUCUACCCGACGACGGAGGACAAGCCUGUGGAGGUGUACUGUGACAUGGGGUGUACAGAGGACGAGAACCACGAGGACGGGCAGUGGACGGUGUUCCAGAGGAGACUGGAUGGCACGGUGAGCUUCUACAGGCCCUGGCAUGACUACAAGACUGGCUUUGGGAGCAAGAAUGGAGAGUACUGGCUGGGUCUGGAGACUAUUUUCAGACUCACCUGGAGAGGUAAGUACGAGCUGCGGGUGGACUUGGAGGACUGGGAGAGAGGCCGCGUCUACGCCCACUAUCCGUCCUUCUCCAUUGACUCGGAGGACGAUGGCUACACGCUUCGCUUGAGCGGAUACGUUGACGGAGGAGCAGGUGAUUCUCUGCACCGAGUGAACGCAAUGAAGUUCUCCACCUACGACAAAGACCAAGACAACUAUGGCUAUGUCAACUGUGCAGAAAGAUAUCAUGGCGGCUUUUGGUUUGGAGACUGCCAUUACGCCAACCCCAAUGGGUUGUACAAAGGCAAGGGGCCAGUGGAGAGCUACACAGGAGUCAUGUGGUACGACUGGAAAGGCUACGUUUACUCUCUCAAGUCUAUCACAAUGAAAAUCAAGAGGGUGUCUCUGUCUGAAGCAUAAUUUGCAAUGGACUCUCUCUCUCUCUCUCUCUCUCUCUCUCUCUCGCUUUCUCUCUCUCUCAUGAAUCAAAAAUGUUCAGUUAAAAUUUGAUUUUGAUUUUUCCAAAUUGCUAUAAGGCCAAAAGAAAGGCAUAAAGGGCAAUAAAAGUGCUUCUCUCAAAUCCCA